AUGACAAAGAAGAAUCAAAACAUGAAUGAAGCUGAUCUAUCAGGCCUGCAGAAACAGAUGGAGGAUUUAACAGCAUUAGUGAAGCAAGGAAGGGACGAGACUAAUCCGCCUAAGUGGUGGGAAGUGCAGGAAAACAAAAUCACAGCAAUGGAAUCAAGAAUGGCUACUAAUCAAAGCUAUGUUGAAGAGUUGUUGAAGAUUCUAACAGGCAGCAGGAAAAUGUUGUGGGGAACAGAUAAAUCAAGAUUCACUUAUAAACCGGAUGAGCCUGGGAUAUUAAAAGCAAAACCUGAUGAUUGUGUGGUCUUAAAAAAUGGGAAUCAGUUAGGUGAAAAUAGUGAAUCUAGACCUAAAUUGUUGGGGUCUGAAACUGAAAGAAGAGGUCCAGGAAGUUCUUUUAUAAGUUCAGGGUCUAUGUGGCAUAGGCCUAAAAUUGAGUUUCCAUUUUUUGAAGGGGUUAAUCCUAGGGGGUGGCUUCAAAAAUGUCUUAAAUAUUUCUCUCUGUGUAAUGUUCCUAAUGAGCAGAGAAUAGAAGUAGCCACUAUGUACCUAACUGGGAAAGCAGAGGUUUGGUUUGAUGGGUAUAAUAUGCAGAAACAUCAUGUGACAUGGCAUGAAUUUGACACAGAUCUUUGCCAUAGAUUUUGUGAUAGGUACUUUGCUGACAUAGUUGAGGAAUUAUCAAAGUUAGUGCAGAAGGGAUCAGUAGAGGAAUACCAGGACAGGUUUGAAGAAUUGCAGCCUCAUAUGCUGUUACAGAAUCCUACUCUGGGUGAAGAGUUUUUUGUCUCUCUUUUUAUUAGUGGAUUAAGAGAAGAUAUCAAGCAUAGAGUUAAGGUUUUGGAGCCAAAGACACUCUCUGAAGCUUGCAGACAAGCUAAACUAUAUGAGCUUUCGGUGGAAUAUGAGAAUAAAAGAGGGAGAGCAUUUUUUAGAAACCCACCCUACCCAAACCCAUUACCUAGUAAUAAACCUAAUUUCUCAAAUCCACAACAGAAAAGUUCACCUAAUCUGCCUCCAAAACAAAAUUUGUUGGAGUACAGGAGACAAAACAACCUAUGUUAUAAGUGUGGUGAAAAGUUCUCUCCAGGGCAUCAAUGCAAGAUAAAGCAAUUGAAUAUGAUGAUUGAGGACGAACCUGUUUUAUCUUCAGAAACUUUACCAAAUGAAUUAGAACAGCAAGUGUUACAAGAUGAGGAGAGCCUAGAAAUUUCUAUGAAUGUUAUCACUGGGUGUAUUGGUCAUAAUACACUAAGGAUUCAAGGCACUAUUCUAGGCAGGCCAUUGAACAUAUUAAUUGACAGUGGUAGCACCCACAGUUUUUUAACACCUCAGUGGGCUGAUGCAGGAAUUCAGGUAACUACACCAUAUCCUUUAGCUAUUACAGUGGCUAAUGGACAACAGCUUUUCAGUACAGCUAGGUGUAACAGGGUGGAAUGGCAAAUGCAGGGACAUUCUUUUAUUCAUGAUUUUAGACUUCUGCAGUUAGGGGGAAGUGAUAUGGUCCUAGGUGUGGAUUGGAUGAAGUUAGUCAGUCCUAUCUUAAUGGACUUUAAUAAACUGACACUCAGUUUUGUACAUCAGAAUGAACAGAUUGUUAUCAAUGGCCAACAGCCCUCGAAUUUUUUGCAACAGAUUUCAGGAGCUACACUAUUAAAGAUGACAGUUUCAAAUUCUGCUUUAUUGGGGUAUGCUGUUUUAAUGAAUAUGACAGAAAGUUCAAGACCUACUCCUACAACUAUUCAACCAUUAUUGGAAAAAUACAAUUCUAUUUUUGCUAAGCCUACAGGUCUUCCACCUACAAGAACUCAUGAUCAUACUAUCACUUUAAAGCCUGAUUCUAUGCCUGUUAAUUUAAGGCCAUACAGAUUUCCUCAUAAUAAAAAAGCUGAAGUGGAAAAACAAAUUGCUGCUAUGUUAUCUUUCUCUAUUAUUCAACCUAGCAAAAGUCCUUUUGCUUCUCCAUGCCUUCUCAUUAAAAAGAAGGAUGGUACUUGGAGAUUUUGUGUUGAUUAUAGGCAGUUGAACAGCAUGACAAUUAAGGAUAAAUUUCCUAUUCCUGUUGUUGAGGAUUUAUUGGAUGAGCUACAUGGGGCUGUCUACUUUUCAAAAAUUGAUCUAAGGUCAGGUUAUUGGCAGAUCAGAAUUAAAGAGGAGGACAUUUAUAAAACAGCAUUCCGAACUCAUCAGGGUCAUUAUGAAUUUAAGACCCAAGUAGAGUACUUGGGCCAUAUUAUUUCAGCUGCUGGUGUUGCUACUGAUCCUAGCAAGAUAGAAGCAAUGAGAAAUUGGCCUUUACCUAAAUCCUUAAAAUCAUUGAGGGGAUUUUUGGGGUUGACAGGAUAUUAUAGAAGAUUUAUAAAAUAUUAUGGGGCAAUUAGUAAACCUUUAACUCAGAUGCUGAAAAAGGAUUGUUUUAAAUGGAACAGUGCAGCUUUGACUGCUUUUGAAGAACUGAAGAGAAUUAUGUGUUUGGCACAUGUGUUAGCUCUACCAGACUUUACUAAGAUUUUUUAUUUAGAGACUGAUGCUAGUUCUGGAGGCAUAGGGGCUGUUUUAUCACAGGAAGGCAGACCUAUAGCAUUUCUAAGUAAAGCUCUCAGUCAAUGCCAUGCUGCUAUGUCUAUUUAUGAGAAGGAAUACCUUGCUAUUUUAUUAGCAGUCUCCAAGUGGAGACACUAUUUAGAGAGCAAACCUUUUAUCAUCAAAACUGAUCAUGAGCCUUUAAAAUACUUAUUAGAGCAGAAACUCACUACUGCUAUUCAAAAAAGGGGGCUGACAAAAUUAUUGGGAUUGGAUUACACUAUCCAAUACAGGAAAGGUAUAUCCAAUAUUGUGGCAGAUGCUUUAUCCAGGCAAUGGGAAGACCAAGCUCAGUGUCUUGUCAUGGGAACUACUCUAGUUAUUCCUACUUGGGUACAAGAAGUGGAGGAGAGUUACAAGGAUGAUUUCUUGGCUACUGAGUGGAUUUCUAUUCUGACUGUGUCUCCUAAUGCUGAUUCUAAGUGGAAAUAUUCCAAAGGAAUUCUCAGAUUUCAAGAUAGGGUCUAUAUUGGUACUAAAGGCUCUCUUAGGCUACAGAUUCUUCAAACUUUACAUGACUCACCUCAUGGAGGUCAUUCAGGAACUCAGGCCACUUAUCAAAGAAUUAGAAGUUACUUUUAUUGGCCUAAACUUAAGGCAAUGGUGGCUACUUAUGUGAGGGUUUGUCCAGUAUGUCAGCAAACUAAAGUGGAGCAUGUUGCUAAACCUGGUUUACUUCAGCCACUGCCUAUUCCUCAACAGGCCUGGGAAAUUAUCACUAUGGAUUUUAUAGAAGGUUUACAUACUUCUUUGAAGAAGAACUGUAUCUUAGUGGUGGUGGAUAAGUUCACAAAAUACAGUCAUUUUGUGGCAAUAUCACAUCCUUAUACUGCUGCUGAAGUAGCUAAACUCUACUUAGACAACAUUUAUAAGUUGCAUGGCCAGCCUAAAGUGGCCAUUUCAGACAGAGAUAAACCUUCACUAUGGGCUAAAUGGUUAUCUCAUGCAGAGUGGUGGUAUAAUACCACCUAUCAUACAGCCCUAAAGUUGACACCAUUUCAAGCUCUAUAUGGAUAUGCACCUCCUACAAUGGUAUGGCAAUCAGACUCACCAGUGCAUUCUGUCAUGGGAGAGGAAGUGUACCUGAAAUUACAGCCUUAUCGCCAAACAACAUUGGCUCUGCGUAAAAACUUAAAGCUAGCAGCCCGAUACUAUGGCCCUUACAAAAUUACAGAAAAGAUUGGUGAGGUUGCUUACCGUUUGGCUUUACCUGAGACAUCACGGUUACAUCCCGUUUUCCAUGUGAGUCUUUUGAAGAAACACAUGGGACAGUUAGCCCCUUCUUCUACGGAUCCUCCUGACAUGACAGAGGAAGGUGAAAUUAAAAUUGAACCUUUGCAAGUCAUGGGAAGAAGAAUUGUUAACAGGAAACACAAACCUGUUACUCAGUUGUUGGUGAGAUGGAAAAAUCUAGAUGAUUCGUGCGAUACUUGGGAGGACUAUACUGUUCUUAAGGGACAGUUUCCUAACUUUGAUCCUUGGGGACAAGGAUCUGCUCCAGCAGCGGGUAUUGUCAUGGUUGGAGAAGGAGAUGAGGAAGGAGGAGAGGACGUUCGGGGAGGUGAAGAGAGAAUUGGGGAAAAUGAUAAACGAGGGUUAGGGAUUGCUGAAGGAAUUGGGAUUGUUACCUGA